AGUGAAUGAACUGGAAAGAACAACCCAAUCCAUUCAUUCAUUCAUUCACUCACUCACUCACCACUCUCUCUCACUUCCCUUUUCAUUUCACUUCCUUUCCCCCCUUUUCCUUCUCUUUUUUCUCGGGAAGUUCCAACCUCCAAUCUUCUAGGAACCCCAAAAUCAAACCGCUAGCAAAGUAAAUGUUUUCAUGGGUAUGAACGGGAUCUUGUAGCCUCAAACUUCAGUGAUUUUGAUUCAACUUUUUUGCAGGGGAGCUUCAGAAAAUGGCGCCAUCAACUUCAGGAUCAUCAAAGAGAGCCAGAGGAGCUCACAGUGGCGCCAUUCAGCCAGUUUCUUGCCUUGUCGAUGGCUGCAAUUCAGAUCUAAGCAACUGUAGAGACUACCACAGGCGCCAUAAGGUCUGUGAGCUGCAUUCCAAGACUCCUCAGGUCACCAUCGCUGGCCUCAACCAGAGAUUUUGCCAGCAGUGUAGUAGGUUUCAUUCGCUUGAGGAAUUUGACGAAGGAAAGAGAAGCUGCCGGAAACGACUGGACGGCCACAACCGGCGGCGGAGAAAGCCUCAAACUGACCUCUUGCCUCGAUCUGCUGGCCAUUUGUCCUAUCAUCAAGGUGCCCAUUUGUUGCCAUUUACAAGCUCGCAAGUUUUUCCACCGACCACUUUGAGCAGCCACGGGUGGUCGUCUGCAGGAGAUCCCUCCGUCUUCCACAACCAGAACCAAGAACUCAAUUUUCUCGAAAAACAGAGGCUUUUUGUGGAACCAUCCAGCUACAAAGCGGCGCAACCACUGGGGUUCUUGCAUGGCGGCCCGACAACAUGCCGACCACUUCUCCGGAGUAUCAAUACCCUGUCGGAAAACACCGGCGGCGAAAGGAACAAGAUGGUUUACUACAGAUUCAGAGUUGGAGUUAGUGAAUCAGAUUGUGCUCUCUCUCUUCUGUCAUCGUCACAGCAGGCCGCCGACAGUGGUUCUUCUGGGCAUUUGGGUUUGAGCAGAAUCGAACAAGAACAGCAACAGCGUAGCGCCGCCAUUUCUCUGCUGCAGCCAUUGAGCCACCACCACCACCAUAAACUCGACAGUUUUGAGAAUUCUGAGUCUUCUUCGGUUCAUGGGGCUGUUAAUUUCCCCGAGAUCUUUGGAAUUCCCUCCGAGAAUGCUGGAAAUCAAUCCCCUUCCACUCUUCCUUUUCACUGGGAGUAAGUAGAAACCAAAGGAAACAAAUUCCUAAUUAUGUCUGCCUGUCAGUGUUCUAAUAUUAAUAAACAUGAAGAACUCUCUCCUGCGUUUGUUUCUUCCUGUUCUUUUGUUGUUAACGAGUUCUUUUGUUGUUCGAGACCGUAUGAGUUUCGAACUUUUGAUAUCA